UCCAUGUUUCGAAGUCGGGUCAAGUUCAAGAGCUCCAUGUCUUGACCCGAACAAGAACUACUAAAAACCCGACAAAGAACUUCACUUUCUCUUUGAGAAAACUUUGGCUGCGUUUUCUUAACAGUGAGAGAGGGAGGGAGAUCAAAAGAGAGAAAGAAACCCGAGAAAAGAGAGAUGUCAAGACAAGCAAAAAAUCUUGUAUCGUUUUUCUCUUCAAAGAUUUCAUCUUUUUCUUACUCACAAUCUCGCUCUUUCACGGCGGCUCCUCCACCACAACCAGCAGUGUUUGUUAACAAGAAUUGUCAAGGAAUCACAGGAAAGAAUGAAAGCGGUACUAAAAUGCCUACAGUUGCAUCUUCAUCUGGACUUACUGCUGGAGGACACCAAGAAGAAAGACCACCAAAAGCAAUGACCACCAAGAUAUGCAUAGCGAUUCGAUCUUUUGAAGAUCUAGUUCCUGGAAACACUAUUUCAGGGAUUCCAGCUGAUGCACGGAAGAUUAGAUUGCCUGAAUCACGUGUCUUAUAUACUGUGUUACGAUCACCUCAUGUUGAUAAAAAGUCCAGGGAACAAUUUGAAAUGCGAAUAAAGAAACAGUUUUUGGUCAUGAAAACACAAAGCCAUGAAUUGCGCAAUAAGUAUUUUUGGUUAAAACGCCAGAGAAUAUUUGGAGCUCAAUAUGAAAUUCAGUUUCAUUGCAAGACGCGUUUGGAUAAGGAGAAACUCCAGAAACUGCUGCUUUGAACUAGGUAUCAGGAGAAAAGGGUAAUGCCCAAAGCAAAUAUCAAGACUCUAAAGGAAGCUGGGGUGACAGUUGUGUGAAUGUCCAGAAAAGAUCCGGCCUGCAUUCUUGAUGUAUUAAAAGAGAGAUGUCUUGUGAAUUGGUUCUGUUAGGAUAUUCUUCCAGCUUGCUAAUCAUUUUGUUUUUCAUUGAACUUAAUUCUGGAAGGAUGUUUCAAAUUCAAUUUUCAUAAUGGCCUGCUUGAUAGGCCUGUCUCGGAAUUUCUAUGUGAACUAUAAUUGUGUUUUUUUCUUGUUCGUUAGAAAUAUGCACUAUAAAUAUUGUGAUGGA